AAGAGGUUCCACCGGUAAUUUAACACAAAACAAGAACAGGAAGAGUAAGAACUAGAAAGAGAAGAAGAGCUUCUUCAUCAAUAUCAGUUUUGCUUCUCUAUUAUUGGUGGGGUUUGAGGGUUACACUACACACAGUACUUAUUGAAUGUAUCAUGGGAGAGUCAAGUGAUUCUGUCUCCAUUGACAUUGAUUUGAUACCUUUAGGAGGAAAGGAAUGCACUGUGAAAACUAGUAAAGGUUCUGUCUCUGUGCUUGUUUGUGGAGAUCAAGAUAAACCUGCUCUCAUAACUUACCCGGAUGUGGCUCUCAAUUAUGUGUCCUGUUUCCAGGGUCUGUUGUUCUGCCCAGAAGCAGCUUCUUUGCUGCUUCAUAACUUCUGCAUUUAUCACAUUGAUGCUCCGGGGCAUGAGUUGGGAGCUGAUGAGAUUUCUUUAGAUGAACCCUUGCUUUGUGUGGAUGACCUUGCAGACCAGGUUGCAGAAGUGCUUGAUUUUUUCGGGCUGAGGGAGGUUCUGUGCUUGGGUGUUACAGCUGGUGCUUACAUCCUGACACUAUUUGCCAUGAAAUACAAAGAGCGAGUGCUUGGAUUGAUUCUUGUUUCGCCUAUUUGUAAAGAACCUUCAUGGACUGAAUGGCUAUACAACAAGGUCUUGAUGAAUUUGUUGUACUUCUAUGGUAUGUGCGGUUUACUGAAAGAAUGCCUUCUGCAGCGUUACUUCAGUAAGGAACUUAGGUGCAGUGUCCAGGGAGCAGAAUCAGAGAUAAUACUAACUUGCCGAAGACUUCUGGAUGAAAGGCAAAGCUUGAAUGUUCUGCGUUUUCUUCAAGCAAUUAAUGUAAGGCACGAUCUCACUGAGGGUCUGAAGAACUUACAAUGUAAGACGCUUAUAUUUGCAGGGGAGAGUAGUCCAUUCCAUGCUGAAUCUGUCUACAUGAGUACAAAAAUCAACAGAAAAAUCUGUGCCUUUGUUGAGGUAAUAAGAAGUUCAGGCUUGUGGCUCACUUGUAACAGAAGAGCACCCAAACUCCAUGAUAGUACCGCUCCAGUGCUUCUUAACGGGUUUUGGCUUCCACAGACAAUCACACUUAGCUUCCUCGUCAAGCAAUGGCUCAAAUCCAGCAAGCCCCACAAGUCCUUCAUGCAUAGCACCAGAACUCCUCUCCCCAGAGAGUUUAGGAAUUAAGCUCAAGCCCAUCAGAACCCGUGUUCGUGUUGAAAUCUAACUUAGUCCAGCUCAAAGGUCUACGAUGGAUUCAGCUCUUUAGCAUUGCACAUACUAUAUAGCUCUUGUUGAAUGUACAACAUCACUAGUGUAAGAUAUAUUCUUUGAUUCUGUUUAUGUACUAAUUACCAUUUUUGUUAAACUGAUAUUUUUCUUGUUACUGUAAAACUAGUAGGAGGAGGGUUGCAUUUGACAAUAGGAUUAUUCUUUUACAAAUUUGAUUUUUUGAGGUAGAUUCCCUAUGCAAAGUACAUUGCGAUGUAGAACCUAUUCGUGCUUAUUGGUGAUUCAUUAUGAACCAAUUUUAUUGCUAA